AUGUAUCCUUUGAAACCAUUGUUCAUAAGGGAAAAGGUUGACGAAGUAGCAGUGAAUAAAGUGUUCAUGGAUGGAGGAGCAGUUGUCAACUUAAUGCCUCAUACUUUGUUUAAGAAAAUGGGAAAAUGUGGUGUUGAUCUCCGACAACACAACAUGGUUUUAUCUAAUUAUGAAGGAAAAACUAGUAACAUUCUUGGGGGAACAGUGCCAUUAACCUUACACCAAAGGUUGAUUAUUUGGAGGAAAGAUGGCAUUGUUGAGAAUAUCGAAGUUGGUCAGAGUUAUUACAAGAUCAACGAAGCCAAGGGCGCGAAGAAAUCCCUUGACCAACAUUUGGCGAAUAUCACACCUUGUGAUGAUGAAUCAGGAUUCUACACUUCUGUCAAAAUAGGUCGUGUCCUGAAUCUAGAUCCUGAUUAUGGAUUUAUCUGGGAUGCCAAAGAGGCAAUGAAGCCUAAAAUGGACUAUGGCGAAAUGCCUGGCCUAAAUCAAAGUGUAAUAGAACAUCGAUUGCCUAUUCAGCCAGGAAAACGGCCAGUAAAGCAGCAUCCUCGAUGGUUUUCUCUAGAAUUCACAUUGAAGAUUAAGCAGAAGAUCGAGAGACUGCUCAAAAGCCGGUUCAUCAGAACUGCAAGGCACGUUGAAUGGUUAGCCAACAUAGUACCUGUUAUCAAGAAAAAUGGAACACUUAGAAUUUGUAUAGACUUAAAAUACUUAAACAAUGCAACUCCAAAAGAUAAGUAUUCGAUGCCAAUGGCAGAAAUGCUAGUCGAUUCAGCUGCAGGUUUCGAAUACUUGAGUAUGCUUGAUGGUUACUCUGGCUAUAAUCAGAUUCUUAUAGUAGAAGAUGAUGUUCCCAAGACGGUGUUUUGA